CCACGACAGCUGGGAGCCGUGCGAUACCUCCUCGCGUAUUGCUUUCUUAAAGAAUACGUAGGGACUGUCCUUAUUUCAACAUCCGCAAACAAACUUUUGGCGGCAUGGGAGACAAGAAGAGUCCAACCAGCCACGGUGUAGCAACCAUGGCGGACUGUCUGUUUUAUUGCAGUGUCAAAUCAUAGCGCGAGCUCGUAAAACAGAAUCAUUUCGGAACACUGAAUGGAUCAUCUUCCCAGAUGUUUGACAACGCGAGCAUAUAGCCGACACAUGAUGCACACGCAGCACCCUGAACUGGGGAUGGGAAACUGAUGUGCUUUAUGUCCUUUUUGUUUUGUUCGAAGGCCGAAGCGUCAACCAAAGCCUUCGGCGGAAGAGGGAAAUUGGGACUGUAGCGUUUGCACAUACAAGAACACCGCGGAGGCUUUCAAGUGCAUGAUGUGCGAUGUAAGGAAAGGGACGUCAACACGGAAGCCUCGUCCUGUUUCCCAGCUGGUUGCUCAGCGGGUAGCGCCGCAGUUCGCCUCGCCCACGCUGCUGCCCAAGAAGGACAAGAAGGACAGAACGGACCAGGAGAAGAAUGACAAAGAGCCCACAGUGAAGAAGAACAACCACAAGAAGAUGAGGCCCAGGUUAAAAAACAUUGACAGGAGCAGCGCUCAGCACCUAGAGGUCACGGUUGGAGACCUGACUGUCAUCAUCACAGACUUUAAGGAGAAAACCAAACCUCCCCCCUCCUCCACCACCACCACACCCCCAACCUCGACCACCCCCUCCAGCACUGUGUCUGUGUCUGCAGAACACCACAGUGGCUCCAGCUCAGACAACAACACUGAGAGAGGGGUCUCACGGUCAUCUUCACCCCGGGGAGAGGGCUUCUUAGUCGGGACUGAGUCCCACUAGACCCCCCCAAUUGGACCCCCCCGGACCACCAAACUCCUAGCCCAACAGACCCUCAGACCUCCAACCCCUAGACCUUGUCCUGGAUCCCCAGCCCCUAGACCUUGGCCUGGAUCCCCAACCCCUAGACCUUGGCCUGGAUCCCCAACCUCUAGACCUUUGCCUGGAUCCCCGACACCGAGACCUUGGCCUGGAUCCCCGACACCAAGAACUUGGCCUGGAUCCCCCACCCCUAGACCCUGGCCUGGACCCCUAGACCCUGGCCUGGAUCCCCAACCCCUAGACCCUGGCCUGGACCCCUAGACCUUGGCCUGGAUUCCCAACCCCUAGACCCUGGCCUGGACCCCUAGACCCUGGCCUGGACCCCCAACCCCUAGACCUUGGCCUGGAUCCCCGACACCGAGACCUUGGCCUGGAUCCCCAACCCCUAGACCUCGGCCUGGAUCCCCGACACCGAGACCUUGGCCUGGAUCCCCAACCCCUAGACCCUGGCCUGGACCCCUAGACCCUGGCCUGGAUCCCCAACCCCUAGACCCUGGCCUGGACCCCUAGACCUUGGCCUGGAUCCCCAAACCCUAGACCCUGGCCUGGACCCCUAGACCUUGGCCUGGAUCCACGACACCGAGACCUUGGCCUGGAUCCCCAACCCCUAGACAUUGGCCUGGAUCCCCAACCCCUAGACCUUGGCCUGGAUCCCCAACCCCUAGACCUUGGCCUGGAUCCCCAACCCCUAGACCCUGGCCUGGAUCCCCAACCCCUAGACCCUGGCCUGGAUCCCCAACCCCUAGACCUUGGCCUGGAUCCCCAACCCCUAGACCUUGGCCUGGAUCCCCAACCCCUAGACCUUGGCCUGGACCCCCAACCCCUAGACCUUGGCCUGGAUCCCCAACCCCUAGACCUUGGCCUGGAUCCCCAACCCCUAGACCUUGGCCUGGAUCCCCAACCCCUAGACCUUGGCUAUGACUACUCAUGGCUUAACAUAGGCCACUCUAACCUCACUCCUCUGUCCUCAACUCUGAUAUGUAAUAUUAUCUCUGGACUUGCACAUUUACUGUAGUACUAGCUACAGGUUACAGCUAGAUCAUCACAUUUAGCAGCUACAGGUUACAGCUAGAUCAACACAUUUAGCAGCUACAGGUUACAGCUAGAUCAACACAUUUAGCAGCUACAGGUUACAGCUAGAUCAACACAUUUAGCAGCUACAGGUUACAGCUAGAUCAACACAUUUAGCAGCUACAGGUUACAGCUAGAUCAACACAUUUAGCAGCUACAGGUUACAGCUAGAUUAACACAUUUAGCAGCUACAGGUUACAGCUAGAUCAACACAUUUAGCAGCUACAGGUUACAGCUAGAUCAACACAUUUAGCAGCUACAGGUUACAGCUAGCACUACUACUACCAAGCUUGAGUUGUGGUUUGCUUUUGGACAAAAAAAAACACCACAAUCUGAAGUCUUGUUUUAAUUACAUUUCUCUGAUUAACUUUAGGCCAAUUUAACUGACUUUUAAAAACUAUUUUUUGAAACCUGUGUUCUAAACAUGAAGUAAUGUCAUUACAUUUAGCUGAUCUUAGCCUAUUGUACAGCUCUGUUUUAAUGUGUUAUAACAUCACGUCAGUGUCAGUAUCCAUGUCAACAUCGGAACUUUCAACCGCCUGUCCAAUGAGAACUGUCGUGACAUGAUGAUUAUGGUUCAGAGUUCUUCAGUUUGUGUUGCAUUAUGGGAGAAAACAUGAGGUACAUGUGGAGAGGAUGGAAAACCUAUGGGCUCUCUUUUGGUACUUGUCUCAGUUGUAAAGUGUCAUUUAUUGAUUGAAUGUGUUGGAGACUGAAUUGUAUUGUCAUUGACUCACAUCAGCUGGGACCUGGUGUGGUUUUAUCAUUCAUGAGAAAAUGUUCUUCAAAACAGCGUCUGUUUUUGAAUUGUGUCCGUUUUAACACCACCUCAUAUGGUUGAUCAUACCGUAUCACAACAUUCACUGUUACAUUUUCUAUCCUUUGUUUUGUUUAUACCAAGCUUUGCUGUUUACAAAUGUAUAGACAACUUGGUUGAUUACAUGGUUCAAUGUCUAUAAAGAAAGAUAUACAUAAUGGCA